AUGCCACUGGUUCCUGGUUUGCCUGAGAACUGCGAGGCAACUAUUGACCUUCAAGAAGAGCGAGUGCAAUAUUUGAAAAAGGCAUAUGACAAAUUAGCCAAACCAUUUGAGAAAAUCUUGGAAGAAAACGUACCAGACUUGAUAGUAGUUGAUUUUGCACCACAUUUGAUCCCAGAAGUUGCUGCGAAAUUUGGUGUGCCUACAGCAUUUUUUAGUGUAUAUACAGCUGCGACAUUAGCUUACGUAGGGCCACCCGCUGAACUGAAGUCUGGCAGUCGACGAACAAGCCCGGAACAUUUUACGAGGCCACCGGAAUGGAUCCCUUUCCCUUCUCUUGUAGCACACCGGUCUGAUUAUGCACCAAAAAUGAUGCGUAACACGCACUUUCCUGACGCAUCAGGCGUGUCCAGUGGCCAACGUAUAGCCAAAAUUGUGGAAGGAUGCAACUUUGUCAUAGUGAGAAGCUGUAAAGAGUUCGAGGGAGAAUACAUAAAUCUCGUUGAAGAACUUUAUCAGAGGCCAAUUCUGCCAAUUGGAGUUCUCCCACCUGUAUCAGACGGAAACAUGAGCCACAUGGCAAUCGAUUCGAGCUCGACCAGUACUUUUAAAUGGAAGCCAGAAGGUAUAGAAAGUUCAGACUUGCUGCCUCCUGGUUUUGCCAACCGUACUUUAAGCCAGGGUAUUGUUACUCUUGGUUGGGUACCCCAAUCUGAAAUACUCGCUCAUCCUGCAAUUGGAGCGUGUCUCUUCCAUUCUGGUUGGGGUACAAUCGUAGAAGCUUUAUGUUUUGGACAUCCAUUGAUUCUUCUGCCAAUGGUAGCCGACCAAGAACUUAAUGCUAAGCUGCUAACAGAAAAAGAAAUCGGCUAUGAAGUCCCAAGGAACGAAGAUGGUUCUUUCAAUCGGGACAUGGUUGCCAAAUCAGUCAGAAAAGUUAUGUUGGAACCAGAGGGAGAGCCAUUAAAGUUGAAGGCCUCACUCAUGAGAAAUGUUUUCAACAAUCAGGAUCUCCAUGACAGUUACAUAAACAUGUUCAUCCAGCAUCUGAAGAAAUACAAAAAUUCUGAAGGGCGCAAGCUAGUAUUAAGUUGUAAGAAUGAAAUGUGA